CAAUGCAUCGCAAAAGAGGGGUCAGUCGGCCCAUACAAAUAACGUCAAUACAAGCCAUGAUAGAACGUUUCUCUGAUUUCCAUGACGCGCCUGCCUGCUCGUUCAAUCGCUUUCAAGUCCAAGUGCCUUGAGAUUACUCGACAUGGUCUCGAGCCCGGACGCAACCGCCGGAGCAGCGGCUCCGUCAUCGAAAAGCCCGUCCCCGAGGGCUGCUGGUUCGACGAGGUCAUCCCCAAGGAGCACCAACGAGCCUAAUACAGGUGCCAUCGCCGUUGACCCUGUUCUCGAAAUCGAGGGAUUGACUGAAGCCGAGACCGAGAGUAUCCGUACUGCCUCAACUGCUUCAAUUAGCGAAAGCAUCACGGAAUAUCGUCGCAUUUUAGGGCGUACAUACACCCAGAAAACUGACUAUUGGGGGCCAAACGAUGAGAAGCAGAACGAAGGGCUCGACCUUGCGCACUAUUUGGAGCUAUUGUUUUUCGACGACAGGCUCUUCUUAGCACCUAUCGGCAAAACUCCUCAUAAAGUCCUUGAUGUUGGCACUGGUACAGGAAUCUGGGCAAUCGAUUUUGCCGAUGAGUUUCCUUCAGCUGAUGUCAUUGGAGUUGACAUAUCACCCAUCCAACCAGGCUGGGUUCCGCCAAACUGCAAGUUCCAGAUCGACGAUAUUGAGGAGCCUUGGACCUGGCCUCGCGAACACUUCAAUUACGUCCAUAUCCGCCAUAUGGAGGCGGCUGUUUCUGACUGGCCAAGGUUGUAUAAGCAAUCAUUUGACCAUCUCGUACCUGGUGGAUACAUCGAAUUGAAUGAAUGGGAUAUUGAAGAUCACUCCCAAGCCCUGGGAGAUGAUCUGCCUCAUGACCACAUUUACAGGAGAUGGGCAAAGACCAUCUUCGAGGCCACUGAUCGACUAGGCAAGACCGCAAAGCAGACCAGAAACCAUGGCGUCGCAAACGCCCUGCGAGAUGCUGGCUUUGUUGAUAUCGUGGAAAAGAGCUGGCCCUUCCCCAUCGGCGGCUGGGCAUCAGACCCUAAGCUGAAGGAAUGUGGCGCCGUCAAUCUGGAAUAUCUCGACCAAUCUCUCGAGGGAUUUGGGUUUUUCUUGCUCCGACAGAUCAUGGGAUGGGAAGAUGCAGAAAUUCUAGUCUUCGUCAGUGAAAUGCGCAAGGCUUUGAGGGACCUUAAGCUUCAGACGUACUUGAGACUGUAAGUUGGAUCUUUGUAUCGCAACCAGAAUGUUUUCCCAAGCGUUAUCCUUCUAGCUAGUUCUGACUAACACAUCUUCACUAGACAUGUGGUCUAUGGACGGAAGC